UUAUCUAUCUGGUGAUAGCAAGAUGGCCUUCAGGGAGAAGCUCCUAUAUAUACAAGAGCUCUCAAACAUCCCACAGAUAGAAGUCGGAAAGCCUCUGCAGCUGUCUCUGCUACUCAGCUGAACCUUUACAUCCCGGACGCAGGUUGACGUAUUGCUGAAUUGCUUGUGUUCCCGGUUAUUUUUAAUACUUUAUUUUUCAAUUUAACGUGUUCAGAAAUUCCUACAAAGCAAAAUGCUGCCCGCAACUUUUAAAUUGUGUGCUGGCAUCUCCUAUCGGCACAUGAGGAACAUGACAGGUCUUAGAAGAAAUGCCCUGGCAGCAAUCCAUCAUGAGCUGAACAGGCUGGCGGGUCCAGGCCCCAGCAACUGGAUCAGUCAAGUCCGCAGACGAAGCUCUCUCCUCAGCUCUCGGAUUCAGGAGGAGGAAGUGUACAACGAGGAAGAAAUGUCCUAUGUGAAGCAAGGAGAGGAUGCAUUGCAGAAAGCCAUCAGCAUCCUCAGCGAACAGGACGGCUGGACAGUGGAAACUGUAGCUGCAAAUGGAGACAAGGUUCUGAGCAAGGUCUUGCCAGACAUUGGGAAGGUGUUCAAACUGGAAGUGGUGAUGGAGCAACAUCCUGACAACCUGUACGAAGAGCUGGUGGAAAAAAUGGAGCAAAUGGGAGACUGGAACCCCAACGUCAAACAAGUCAAAAUUCUUCAAAAGAUCGGACAGGACACCAUGGUGACCCAUGAAGUGUCAGCAGAGACGCCAGGCAACAUAGUGGGACCGAGGGACUUUGUGAGCGUCCGCUGUGCCAAACGUCGAGGCUCCACCUGCUUCCUAGCUGGAAUGUCCACUCAGCAUCCGAAAAUGCCAGAGCAGAAAGGUGUAAUAAGAGCCGAGAAUGGGCCUACCUGUAUAGUAAUGAAGCCUUGUGCUGAAGAUCCAAGUAAAACUAAGUUCACCUGGCUGCUGAGUCUAGAUCUAAAGGGCUGGAUCCCAAAGACAAUCAUAAACAAAGUGCUCUCGCAGACGCAGGUGGACUUUGCCAGCCACCUCAGAAACAGGAUGGCGAAUAACGUUUCCAUGGAGAUGGCUCACGCCUGCUGACACGAGAUGCCUCUUGAGCCAACAGAGAGAGAAACUUCUGCUCAUCAAAAAUAUCAUCUAAAUCUGCUUAGAGUCACUGAAAAAGUAGCAACUCCAGUGAGUUUUAGCAAGAUCCUGGGAAGGUUGUGCUUUUCUGAAAUCUUGAGAAAAUCUCAGCACUUUUCAUUAAAAACAGAAUGAGUUAAACACAUGAUCACAACGCUCCUAUAAAAUUUCCAAAAAAUAUAUUUUAUUCUACAUAUGUGCACUGUGUGCACUUCUACCUGAUAUGGGCAAUUAUCAAGCAAAGAAGAGAGUUUUAACAUUCGCCCUGUAAAAUUGUAUCAAAUUUUAAAAACAGUUAAGAAAUACUCAGAUCUACCAAUCAAAAGCAGUUAUGGUCAGAUGUAAACUUUUUGCACUUAACAUUUAAAUAAAAAAAAAAUGCAAACACCAAAGGGGAGUGCACUAUGUGUGAAAUACAGCCUGUUGUUUUUUUCAGCUUCUAUACUUUUCAGUGUAACCCGGUCCUUAAUGGUUGAUCAUGCAUUACUUGUUAACUGAAGUCAAGACUCUGGGUAGUCAUAGCAUUUUCCCCUAUAUAAUACAUAUACUUCUUAACUGACCCAAGCAUCACCCCUUGCUGAUGAGUCUCUUUCAAUAUCAACCAAAUUAAUUUCCUUGCCCCUGUUGUGAAAAUGCACUUUUAUUUCUGCAUGUUAUUUAUUGAUUUUUGCAUAGCUGCAUGACAUUACAGCGACUGCUGGUUGUCACUGAUAUUUAUGCUUUCAGAGAAGAAGUUUUAAUAAUUGUGUUGGAUUAGACUGGAAUAAAAUCUUGUUGAACAUG